ACUUCCUGUAUAUAAAUCUUAUCAGAGCUCUUUACCUUAUAGGAUCAGGAUCACUGUGCAAUGUCUUCUCCUCUGAUGCUGCGGCUCCUCUCUGCCAGUGUAGUGGCUGCCAACAGAGCUGGACGGGUUAUCAGGGAGGUACUGAAAUCUGGAGAAUUGUCUGUAGUGGACAAGGGAGGCAAUGACCCUCAGACAGAGGCAGACAGGAAGGCCCAGCGCUGCAUCCUAUCCACUUUGUCCACCAGAUUUCCUGAAAUCAAUCUUCAUGGAGAGGAGACACUGGAGCCGAGUGAGGAGGACCAGCAACUGACUGAGAUGGGGGAGAGUGGGGAUGUGCUAAAAGAGGCGUGUCCCCAGAUUUACGAUGGCCUGAGAGAGCGUGACUUCAUUGUGUGGGUGGACCCUCUGGAUGGGACGAGCGAGUUCACUCAAGGUUUCAUUGAACAUGUGACAGUGCUGAUUGGGAUUGCAGUAGGGGGCAAAGCCGUUGCAGGGGUCAUUCAUCAACCAUUUGUUUCAGCACCCGACAAUACCAUGGGCAGAACCAUAUGGGGGUUGGUUGGUCUGGGGGUACGAGGAGCAAAUUUAAUCACCAAUCCCCCAACAGCUGGGACCCUCCGAGUUGUAGUGACGCGUUCCCAUUACACAGAAGCAGUGGAGAAGACAGUUAAGGCUAUAAAUCCAACUGAGUAUCUAAAAGAAGGUGGCUGCGGGAAUAAAGUACUGAUGGUUCUCGAAGGAACAGCUGAAGCUUAUAUUUUUCCAAGCCGAGGGACAAAGAGAUGGGACACUUGCGCAGGGGAUGGGAUAGUACGAGCAGCAGGAGGCGUGUUCACUGAUAUCCAUGGAAACGAUAUUCUCUAUGAUUGUGCAAAGGAUAAGGCAGCAAAUCGGACUGGACUGCUGGUUACUAUGGAUACAGAGUUACAUAAGAACAUUAUUAGCAAAAUACCUCAAUCUGUGAAAGACGAAUUUGAGAACUAACUGAUAUUGUAAUGAUAUACGUAUAGCAGAUAAAAAAAUUUUAGCUAGAUUUUACUGUUGAUGAUUAUUACGGUUGUUCUCUUUUAACAUG